AUGUUAGGAGGUUCAAGUGACAGUUGCACUAACGAAAUUACUCCUCAGCGACCCGUUGGUCCAGAUUCAGAGUCCGUCGAUCUUCCAUGUGGCAUUAAAAAACCUGUUAUACACAAUAUGGUUUCUACUGUGGAUUUAGGAUGUCCUAUUGAGUUACGUAAAUUGGUACUUCAUGUCCGUAGUGCGGAAUACAAUCCACGCAGAUUUCCUGGCGUUGUCAUGCGUCUGCGUGAACCUCGUGUCACUUGUUUAGUGUUUGGAACUGGUCGCAUGGUGUGUACUGGUGCACGUUCUGAAUCAGAUGCAAAUUUAGGUUCUCGGAAAUGUGCUCGUAUACUACAAAGACUUGGGUUUGAUGUAAAAUUCAUGAACUUUACUAUUCAAAAUAUGGUUGGUUUGGCUGAUCUGAGAUUUCCAAUACGUCUGGAAGGUGUACAAUUGGCCAACGAACAAAUGACACAAUAUGAACCGGAAAUAUUUCCAGCCUUAAUUUAUCGUAUAAUAAAACCCCGUUUAGUAAUGCUUAUUUUUGUGAAUGGAAAGAUUGUUAUGACAGGUGCCAAAUCACGUGAACAUCUGUAUGAAGCAUUAAAUAAUGUUUAUCCUAUUUUAUACAAUUAUCGUAAAAUCAACUGA